AUGGCCACGACAGACUUGAAGGAGUUCGACGUCAUCCGGGUAGCGAGGAGUGAUGGCGCGGAUACUGGUCCUGGCUAUUGGCCGGUGACAGCUCCACCUACGGUCACCGCUAAGAAGAUGAAGGACGCGACAACAACAGAAAAGACACCGAGAACCAAACCUCAGAUGAUCCGGCUGGCGGAGGAUGACCCGAGAUUCGUCGAGUGGAGAGUCAAGUUGGGCAUUCUGUUGAAACAGGAGCUGUGUCCUAACCCCGAUGAAGGAAACCCAUGGCUGGUGCAUUUCCCACGGGGAUAUUGGCUAUACGAAAAGUCGAAGCAUCUCUGGGUAUCGGGUUACCCGAUCAAGGCGAAGCUAUUCAAGAGCCCACAGGAGUUUGCCGUCCACUUGAUAUGGCUCCUCUCAACCUCGAUGGACUACCGAGACUGCUGCUGCGCACACUGCAACGCAUCCAACUUGAUCAAGGGUGGAGUUACAGACGAGCUCAUCAUCACCCAUGAACCCCCCAAGGUUGAAAAGUUACCACCCAAGGUGACACCGGUGCCUCUACCCCCGAUGCCUGGACGGCCGCCCGUAAAGACAAACAAUGCUGGAUCACGGCAGUCAUCUGUUCAGCCAACACCAACAACAACGGCUCAGAACUCACCAGCACCUCCUGCUACAACAGCCCAUCAGCCGCCGGCUCAACACCAACCCCAGGUCCAACAACAACCACAACCACAGCCCAUCCAAUCUCAACCCCAGAUCCAGCCACAGCAAACCCAGCAGCAACAACCUCAGCCGCACCAGCAGCAGCAGCAGCAACAACAGCAGCAGCCUCAACCUCAACCUCAGUCGCAGCCUCAGCCUCAGCUUCAACCUCAACCUCAGUCGCAGCCUCAGUCUCAGCUUCAACCUCAACCACAACCUCAGGCCCAGGCCUCCCCUCAAGCGCAGCCCCAGCCUAUCCAAUGGGCACUCAAGUCAGCUGUGCUCUUUCGCGCGGGAGAACUGGUGUGGUAUCAGAACGGAAAUACAUGGCGUCUCGGCGUCAUAGCCGGGUCUGCGAACGGGCGCCACGAGGUGAUGCCGAUCGGACAUGGCCUCGUCCAGCAGAACAAUGUGUCCAAGACUGACGGUGACAUGCGGCCAUUCUAUGCGUUUACGGUCCCGCCAGUCACCCUCCCCGAGCUCAAGGACAAGGAGUUUGACGGCGUCCCAUGGGAACCAUUACUAAAGGGGGCAGCGGAUGGCAACAGACGAGAGACGAUUGCCCUCGAUGCCUCCAAGAUGGCUGCCGUCAAGAUCGACUACUCCUACUCCCUCUGGUCUCCGCUAUCAGAUGACCCCACUAGUAAGCCUGCGACCUACUACGGCUGCUUCUUUGGAGCAGAACGGGUCGAGAUCGGUGACGCGAUGCGGCUGAGAUCACUCCCCGCGGAGCUUAACGUGCCCGCCGAGACGGGAGUGCUCGGCCUGAGAUUCAUCUUCACGACAAAGGACUUUCCCGGCAGCGUCUUCUUCCGCGGGCACAUCUACCAGCUCGUGUCGGAGGACAAGCCCAAUAUCGUGCGCGACGAGCACCUCCCCAUCGCGUUGCGGCUCGAGAGCCAGUGGCGCCACUCUGUGGGAGCGCAGCGCUGGCGCUACGCGCUCGUCAAGGAGAACGUCGUGUUCAAGGAGCAGUCCAUCCGGGGUCGCUUCUACCCGACGCAGCGCCUCAUGCCCAUCCUCAACCCGGCCGAGUUCCGCGACGCCGUGUCCAAGGCCCGGGUGGACGACCUGUACGCGCACCUGAACAACCGCAUGGAUGGAGCCGGGAGGUAUUUCGGCCGCAAAGUGAACCGCAUCGGUACCCUGGGAGCGUCGGUGACACAUACGGCUAGGCUCAACAUGGAGCCGUUUAUCAGGGAAGAACUUGACGAGAAGGCUAUCGAAUGA